GAAUGCUAGUGCACCCACUUGUGUAAUGUUAAUACCUAGUGUGGUUAUUAAUUCAUUUACGCAUGUUCACACCGGCCCGGGUUUACCAAAUAUUAUUUUACAUUUUACCUGUUAGGUGUGCCAGCUAACGAAGGUUCUGAUCAUCCAUUAAUAAUGCACCGGUAGUGCCAUGGACCCAACAAUUUGAAAUUAUCAGUCAACCAAAAACAAAUCGACUUUGAGAUGUCGAGAUGGAAUGUUUGGGUAGGUACAGUCAAGUUCAUUUGCCUAGGCAAGACGAGCUGAUUGUACUUGUACGAGUAUAUAUAAAAACCGGAGACAGAACCAUGUUUCGUUUAGUUUUUUGCUUUCGGUGUGGCGGUCAUAUCGUUCGGUCGUACGAGCGAUCGUGAUUUAACUUACGUUUUAUGUAUCUUUGAGAGAAGCGAAAUGAUGCGAUUCGUUUUACGGUUACCGUUUACUUUCACUAUUGUGGUAUUAUUUACAUGUAAUGUGAACAGUGAAAAGAGGCCACUAGUGAGCACUCCGCUGGGAGACAUUGAAGGAUAUUAUAUGAAAACUCGGGAAGGAAAAGAGAUCUCAGCAUUCACAUCCAUUCCAUUUGCAGUACCUCCUCUCAAAGAUCUAAGGUUUCAGGCUCCUGUACCAGUGCAGCCAUGGGAAGGAGUUUUGGAUGGGUCGAAAACCACCCCUGCGUGUGUCCAGAGGAACCCCUAUGUUCGCCAGAAAGAGAUCGUGGGCCAGGAAGACUGCCUAUACCUGAAUAUCUAUACACCAUACAAUAACAAUGAUUUGAUCCACGAAAACAAUCUUCUACCUGUUAUGGUAUUUAUUCAUGGGGGCGGUUGGAUGUGUGGUGACUCAAGUACUUAUAUGUAUGGACCGCAAUACCUGUUGGAUAACGAUGUUCUUCUCGUAACCAUCAAUUACAGACUGGGUCCCUUGGGCUUUCUGUCGACCCUGGACGAACACUGCCCGGGCAAUAACGGCCUCAAGGAUCAACAGGAAGCAUUGAGAUUCAUCCAAAAAACUAUAGAGAGUUUCGGAGGAGACAAGAACUCAGUGACCAUAUUCGGAGAAAGUGCCGGUGGGGCCAGUGCCCAUUUUCAUAUGCUGUCGAAAACCAGCCAAGGACUGUUCCACAAAGCGAUUUCGGAAUCGGGAACCGCGCUGGUCCCGUGGGCAGAAGCGCCACCUGGUGAAGCUCUAAGAAACGCAUUCCAGCUGGCCAAGUUCCUGGAUUGUCCGCAGGCUCCAUCAGAAGCCAUGAUCAAAUGUCUUCGCACGAAAGACAGCUAUGACAUCAUUGGCACCGAAUUUCAAUUUUAUGUAUGGGAUUAUGAGCCGAUGACUCCAUUCAAGGCCGUAGUUGAGCCAGAUCUCCCCGGUGCUUUCCUGACUAAAAGUGUUCGCAAAAUAAACGACGUGCCUGCGGUGCCGUGGAUGACUGGUCUGACGAAAGACGAAGGCUGCUUGAAGUCUGCGUGUAAGUCAUCCCUAAAUUAUAACGAUACCUCCAAUGAACUUACAACUUAG